UGGUCAGCUCUGAUUGGGGGUGGGCUCUAGCGUCCCAUUGGCCACGCCUGCCGCCGAGGCCGCGCUCGCCCGGGCUGCGACAGUUCGCGGGUGGCACUCUGCUGCUGCCAGCAUGUCGCCCGAGGACUCCGAGGAGACGCUGCCGCUAUUGCGGCCGCCGGACGCCAGUGUUCCCCGCGGCCGCCGAGUCUUCCUCGCCGCCUUCGCCGCCGCCCUGGGCCCGCUCAGCUUCGGCUUCGCGCUCGGCUACAGCUCCCCCGCCAUCCCCAGCCUGCGACGCACUGCGACCCCCGCCCUGCGCCUCGGAGACAGUGCGGCCUCCUGGUUUGGGGCCAUCGUGACCCUGGGCGCUGCGGCAGGGGGCGUACUGGGCGGCUGGCUCGUGGACCGUGCGGGGCGCAAGCUGAGUCUCUUGCUGUGCACCGUGCCCUUCGUGACCGGCUUUGCCGUCAUCACUGCGGCCCGGGACGUGGCGAUGCUGCUCGGAGGCCGCCUCCUCACUGGCCUAGCUUGCGGAGUCGCCUCACUAGUGGCACCGGUCUAUAUCUCGGAAAUUGCCUACCCAGCCAUCCGGGGACUGCUCGGCUCCUGUGUGCAGUUGAUGGUUGUCACCGGCAUCCUUUUGGCCUAUGUGGCAGGCUGGGUCCUAGAGUGGCGCUGGCUGGCCGUGCUGGGCUGUGUGCCCCCCACCCUCAUGCUGUUGCUCAUGUGCUGUAUGCCUGAGACCCCACGAUUCCUCCUGACUCAACAUCAGCACCAGGAGGCCAUGGAUGCCCUUCGGUUCCUGUGGGGCUCUGAGGAGGGCUGGGAAGAGCCCCCCAUUGGGAUUGAGCACCAGGGCUUCCAGCUGGCUAUGCUGAGGCGCCCUGGUGUGUACAAGCCCCUCAUCAUUGGCAUUUCACUCAUGGCCUUCCAGCAGCUGUCAGGGGUCAAUGCUAUCAUGUUCUAUGCCGAGACCAUCUUUGAGGAGGCCAAGUUCAAGGACAGCAGCCUGGCCUCCGUCACCGUGGGCAUCAUCCAGGUCCUGUUCACUGCUGUGGCGGCCCUCAUAAUGGACAGAGCAGGACGGAGGCUGCUUCUGGCCUUGUCAGGUGUCAUCAUGGUAUUCAGCAUGAGUGCCUUUGGUACCUACUUCAAGUUGACCCAGAGUGGCCCCAGCAACUCCUCCCAUGUAGGCCUCCAGGUGCCCAUGUCUGCAGAGCCUGUUGAUGUCCAUGUGGGGCUGGCCUGGCUGGCUGUAGGCAGCAUGUGCCUCUUCAUUGCUGGCUUUGCAGUGGGCUGGGGACCCAUUCCCUGGCUCCUCAUGUCCGAGAUCUUCCCUCUACAUGUCAAGGGUGUGGCUACCGGUGUCUGUGUCCUCACCAACUGGUUCAUGGCGUUUCUGGUGACAAAAGAGUUCAGUAGCAUCAUGGAGGUCCUCAGGCCCUACGGUGCCUUCUGGCUCUCUGCUGCCUUCUGUAUCCUCAGUGUCCUUUUCACAUUGACCUUUGUCCCUGAGACUAAAGGCAGGACUCUAGAACAAAUCACGGCCCAUUUUGAGGGACGAUGACAGUCCCUUUCUGUGACUGGCAAUCCUGAGCUGGGCUAGCUUUGGGUUUCAGGAGUGGAGUAGCCUGUAGCUAAGCCAGGCCUCAGGUUGAGACCCAGACUUAUGCUACGAGGUUCACCAGAUUCUGGAUCUAGUGUCUGCAGCCUGCAGCACAUACAGGACAUCUGAGGAGCUGUGCAGUUGCACCUGACAUGCGGCUCCCUCCUCAGACUAAAGCAUCUGAAGUGACAUGAUGGGUAUCCUGUUUUCUGGCUGGGGCUCUUUUGACUUCUGGGUCCUAAGCACCCACCUGUGCCUCCCUCUUGACUGUGGGAUCUGAAAGGAAUUUGGCCACAUAAAAGUUGGGCUGAGAAACAAGGGUAACCUCUUUGAGUGAGCCCAGGUGGAGAAGAGAAUGUUCUAGUCAGUCCAACCAAGCCACCCUCCUCAGCCCUGCCCAGAGGUCCUGUGGAUCCACUGUGAGGUCUGCCAGCUUACCCAUCAUUUGCAGGUUCUUUCCAGCUCUUCCUUCCCUGGGCUCAAGUGUCCUGAGUCAUUAAUCACCAAGUCUUGUUGAGUUUCAGAAAAUAAACCUCUUUCUGUUGGACUUUAA